AUGAAUUCUGCUGAAUUGCUGAAUGGAGAAAGAGUCUUGGGCUACAGCCGGCCUGUGAGAGUUUGGUGCUCAAGGUGGAAAACCCAAAGGGCAGCCUGUGGGCACAUCAUGCCCAAUUCUGUGCACACCUGUCUCAUAACAAGCAAGAGCUGUGUGCAAGGAUGCCUUGUGGUGCUCUGGGUUCAUGUCCCACUCAUUCCACUGCAGCCUUCCACCCCAGCAGGACAAGACCCACUUAGCUCCUCUUCUCUUAAGAGUCUGGCCAAAAUGUACGCACAAAACCGAGAGGGUCUCGGGUCUGGGGAAAUAGGAAGCUUGAGACUGGCUGGGCCUGAGCAAACAAGUCAACCUUCCUCCUGCCCUGCCUAG